AGUUUGACUGAGUGGUUUCACAGAGAGCAGAGGCAUUUGAGUCGGGGCACACAUGCUUCAGCAGUGAGGCUGCACUCCCCUUGGCUGGCUGGCAUCCCAGAGCAGAGGCAGAGGAGAACUGAACUGAAACCGAUUUAGCAAGUUGUUUAGAAAGAAGAAAGAAAGAUUAACGUUCUGAGGAGAGUGUAUAAACUAGAGUUGUUCUCGGUGAGUUGUAGUGAGGUGGCGAGCGGUUUGAUUUGACAGUUAUGGCGGAUACAGGGGUCAAAAAGGAGCACUCAGAAGUGCCGUACGAUGACGACGAGGUAGCUCUGGUUGGCGCCGCCACAGAGCCGGCCGUAGACGAGGACGACCCCGUCGAGGAGGAUGGAGGCAAGAGCGAAGCCCAGAUGAACGGCGUCAUGGUUCUGUCUCUGCUCGACAAGAUAAUCGGGGUGGUGGACAAGAUCCAGCAGACCCAGAAUGGACUCGAGGCUCGGCAGGAGGCCAUGGAGAAGUCGGUGUCAACCAUCCAAGGGGAGCUGGCGAAGCUGUCCAAGAACCACAACGACACGGCCAACACCGUCAACAAAAUGCUGGACAAGGUGCGCAAGGUCAGCGUGAACGUCAAGACGGUACGAAGCAACCUGGAGAAGCAGGCGGGCCAGAUCAAGAAGCUGGAGAGCAACGAGAGCGAGCUGCUGAAGAGGCGCAACUUCAAGGUCCUCAUCUACCAGGACCAAGUGAAGACACCAAAAGAAUCCAAAUCCAAGACAGCAGAGAGUAAAGCAGUGGAGGGCCUGGAGCAGAUCCCUGAGGAUGGCCAAGAGGAAGACAAAGCAAACCCCAAUUCAGAUGAAGACAUUGUGGUUGAUGAAAUUGUUAUCGAGUCCCGUACAAAGCGCAUUCAACAUGCCACCAAGCAGCAAGUAGACAACAUCAAGAAGGUCUUCUCCAAAGAGCAGAUGGAGAAAACCAAACUAAAGACCAAGGAAAACUUGGAAAAAACCAAACAGAAGACGCGUGAGAACCUGGAGAAGACGAGGCAGAAGACCCGCGACAACCUGGAGAAGACAAAGCACAGCUUGGAAAAACAAAUGGGCAAACUCGGAAGCCGCAUGACCCCAAACCAGGAGCGCCGAGCGAAGAUAAAAAGCUCCAGAGAUAAGAUGAAGAAGUCCCUCACCCCUAAUCACCCGUCUUCUGCUCGUUCCAAGACAACCGUGUAUCGGGUUCCUCCCUUUACCUUCCACGUUAAGAAGAUCCGAGAGGGGGUGGAAGAGGUGGUGCAGAACACAGAGAUGGUGGAGGUGACAGAGGAUCUGCCAGAGGAAGAAGAUGGUGUGGUGGUGGAGGAAGGGGAGCUAGUGAAUGUAGACAGCCCCGAAAUGCAGUUUCCGUUAGAGGUAACUGAAGACUCUCUGGUUAAGUUGGAGCCAGAGUAUCUAAAGAAGACCCAAAGUGAAUAAAAGCUCCACAGAUCAGUCGAGGAAGAAGAAGGGAACAGUCCUGAUGAUCGUGUUGGAUGAGAAAGACACAGUAAUGGUCAUGAGAUGAUCACUUUCUGAUCUCUAUUCUCCUUUUUUAACCUAACAGGGAUGACUUUCGUGCUUGCUCAUUUAUCCGAUUUUUAACGAAAAACAAAGCUAGCUUAUAAAAUAUCCUAUAUAGGCUGACUGCUAUGCUUGAUUUAUGUGCUCUUAGUUUGAUUUAUUGUCAUCAAAGGGAAAAGGGCAAAGCAAAUAAUUUAUAAAAGUAAUAUUUUGUAACUCAAAAGUAAGAAAAGUGUCCCUUUUAUGACACAUUCUUACGAAUGACAAAGAAACGUGGAUUUAUGUGCAAAAGGAUGGUUUAAUGCAAUGGUUCCGAACACAGGUCUUUGAGGAACACCAUCCUGCAUGUUUUAGUUGUUUCUC